GGUGGAGAUUGUUGUUAAGAAAGAAGUGAACAAAAGCUUUUUCCAACGGGGCAUAACGAUGGUGCAGAUUGGUCGUCCCACGGAUAUUAGAAAUUUGUCAUCAUUAGUGUUUGGAAUAUCAUGACGUUAAUCUCUCGCUUAGCAUUCAUUGAAUUCGUUGAGUCGAGAACAAAUAACGAAGAAGAAACGCACGUGGAACGUAGGAUAACUAAAAUGUUAUUAAAGUUAAUGUUCGUCUUGGUGUUUGGAUCAGCAGUAGCUUCAGUACAUUGUUUUACAUCCCGGAUAAUUGGUGGAUCUAAUGCUGAACCGGGUGAGUUCCCAUUCGUGGCGCAGAUACAAGUAACAGGCCAGCAUUGGUGUAAUGGGUACAUAUAUAACGACAACUGGAUUGUAACAACAGCUGCCUGUGUUAUUGGAUAUCGUCACCAACCUGACGCCUUGACAGUGAUUGUUGGACAAACUGAUCCUAGUAAUUUGGAAACGGAACAAAUAAUUCCAGUUUUUUCCAUUCAAAUUCAUGAAAAUUACGACCAUAGUAGGAGGUCAAAUGAUGUUGCCAUGCUGCAGCUUUCGGCGGCCAUAGUAGUAGGAAAUUACGCCACGGUAAUUACUGCCGGCUAUCUUGAUUCAAGUAAGGAGGCUACUGUUGCUGGCUGGACCGAUGGAAGUGCGGGCGAAAUGAAAACUCUUAGAUAUACUAACGUUCCAAUUCGACCAAAUGAUGCAUGUUCCACGGUUUACAAUCAGUUGUGGGAUAGCGCUAGCAUGUUCUGCGCUGGAAAUGCCACAAAUGAUGCGUGUAAUCAAGGAGAUGCUGGCGCACCAUUGGUACAAGGAACAAGCCCGGAAGGUUUUCAUGUCGUUGGAUUAGUUUCGCAUACAAUCGGAUGCGGUGAUCCGCUGUAUCCUACUGUGUAUACUCGGGUGUCGUCAUAUUCCACCUGGAUGGAAGACAAAGGAGGAGCUCAGGUCAUCCAGACUGACCCAACUACAGAAAUCACAACGGAGGGGACUGAUCCAGCUACCGAAAUAACAACGAAGGGGACUGACCCAACUACAGAAAUCACAACGGAGGAAAUCGUUCCAACAUCCCCAGUCACUUACCAGUGCUCUACAGCUCACAGCCCAAAUCAAUUUCCAUUCAUGGUCUCUGUUUUAAGCAGUAGCACGCUGAGUCAUCUCUGUGCUGGGUUUAUCUACAACGAGAGAUUCAUCAUCACAGCGGCUUCUUGUGUCAUUCGAAAAACAGGACCAAUGCUUAAUGUUACGGUUGGUCAAUUCCGAUUCGACAGACCAGAAACAGAUGAAACAAUAUUUCCCGUCAUCGCAGUCACCUUGCAUCCACAAUACAGGGAAUCAAAUCAAACGAAUAACAUAGCCGUUGUCCAGAUUUCAGGAAGUAUCACUUUUGGAGAAAACGUUAACUUUAUCUACUAUGACUCAGUUUUGAAUGGCAAUCCGUGUUCCGUUGCUGGAUGGGCUUCAACACUGGAUGGUGCCUGCGUACGGUCCCUGAGUCUUUUGUGGGACAAUAGCGAAAUCAUCCAGACCAAUGCGGAUUGUUCUCUGUCACUAAUAUCGAGCUUCGAUUCAUCCACCAUGUUUUGCACCAAAAAGGCCGCCGAUAACUGCGAGUUUGAAAGCGGAGCUCCGUUAAUCCAGGGUGUUCCGCCGGUUGUCGUUGGAAUCAAGUCUGUAUCCCAGGAAUGUGCCAAAUCUUCGCACGUUGUCUACACUCGCAUUUCCUACUAUUUCAACUGGUUGAUCAGCGUGAGCUCUCGUGUUGUAGGUGGUACGGACGUCAACUCCAAACAAUUCCCUUUCAUCGUACAAAUUCAAACAAAAGGGGAACACCGUUGCGCCGGCUACAUUUACAAUGCAAAUUGGAUAGUGACUACCGCUGUUUGCGUCUACGGCUAUAAAUUAUCUGAUUUGAAAGUGGUUGUGGGCCAAGUUUCUCUAAUAGCAAUCGAUCCUGGCGAGGAAUACUUUGACGUGAUAUCUAACCAUAUCCACGAAUCGUAUGAGGCCGCUACCAAGAGAAACAACAUCGCCAUGCUUCAACUCUCUAGGUCAAUUACGUUUAAUGAUUACUCGAGGUCCAUUGCCCAUGGAGAACUCCCUACAACGGCGACGAAUGGCACUCUGUUGGGCUGGGGGAAUUCAGGGUCGGGAAAUAUUGCUUCCAGUCUAAAGUACGCCAUUGUUCAAGUGGUAAACGAUGAUACCUGCCCUUCCAUCGACUUCGACUUGUGGGACCCUACUUCGAUGAUAUGCGCAGGAGAUUUCACUCACAACGCGUGUUACGGUGACGCAGGCGGGCCAUUGGUACUGGGAACAUCCGUAUCUAAUUACGUUGUAGUUGGACUAGUUUCGCACAGCAGCAGUUGUUUUAGCCCGACCGCAUAUAUCCGAUUGUCUUUCUAUACAGCCUGGAUGCAAGGGAUCGGUGGUGAAACAUCGCCUAUGCCUACGACGUUAUUACAAACCUCAACUACAACUACUACUGUAACGACCGAAAUUGUUACCCCGUCAUCCCCUGCGACUACGACAAUGGCACAAACCACAACACAAACAACACAAACAACACCAACGCAAACACAAACCUCCAAUACGAAUGUUGACAUAACAACAGAAGCUACUACAACGACAGGAUUUGUUCAGACUUGUAACGUAGCUAGUGCAGGGCAAUUUCCCUUUGUUGUUUCUGUGGGGGACCUUCUGUCAGGCCGACAUUCGUGUGCCGGAUUUAUUUACAACGCCAAUUACGUAGUUACAACAGCCUCCUGCGUUGCGAUGCUGGACAAGGACACGAUUGUUGUAACUGCCGGUAGUUCACGAUUGAAUAUUGCAGGGGCUGAUUACCUUUACGGUGUACAACAAGUUGUGACAAACACAAAAGGUGACAUUGCAUUGAUCCAGACUUCAAGAAGCUUCAUGUUCGAUGAAAAUGUCAACUUCAUUCGUUUCGACCAAGCCAACUACAAUGAACCUUCGAGCAACGUUAUAGGAUGGGCUUCCACAGAAGCUGGGGGAUGUACAGCGUCUUUCGACCUCUUGUGGGGAGCAACUUCGUUGACGUCACAAAUUAGCAACUGCGAGAGUUUGGUAUCCAAUUUUGACGCAGGAACAAUGAUUUGCGUUGCUGGAUCGACCAACAGGAACUACAAUUCGGCAGCAAUAGUUGGAUCGUGUAGUUUCGAAAAUGGAGCCCCAUUAAUUCAAGGAACGCCAUCUCUAGUAAUAGGGAUCAAAUCUGUCGUUGAGCAGUCUUGUGCCACGGGACAGGUAUUUACGAUAUAUACUCGAAUUUCGACUUUUUUCGAUUGGCUUCUGAUAAGUGCUGGGCCUCAGCCUUAAAUUUUGCUUCGAAUCAGUUCGCAAUCCAUUUUUGUGAGCUCUGUUGAUUUUAUGUCAUUCAUGUGGACGUUAAUCAGUGUUGGGUUAUGCUGUAUUUUGCAAUAAUGGAACUAUAAUUUUACGCAAGGUUA